GAACGAAACGAUCAGUCUCGAUUUGACGUUGCUUGCGGAAGGGUGUGUUGUCGCGUGUUUUAACCAGCCUCUAUUGGCGAUCAAGCUGAUCGAAGAUCGCAUGCUUGAGGGGUUCUUUCAAUGACCAGAAGAAAUCUACAAAGUGUAACAUUUUGGAUGGAGCGUUCGCUCAAUUGUGAUCGUGAUAACAAUAGAAGUGCUCAUGAUUUUUGAGCUUGACACAAGCAGCGCGUAUUUGGCGUUUGUUUACGUUCGUGAUUGCCGGCGACGCGUUUUGUGGCUUGUUUACGUUCCGUUGAAGUUAUGAUGGUGUGACGCGAAGCGUGAAGCGACAACAACGUUCAAUAUUUGAAUAAAAGGCGGUUUGUGUGCGGCGGCGGCGGCGGCUUGGAAUGUCUUAAUAUCGUUAUCAUACGGGCGGAUCGAAGAGGGUUCAUUUAUCUUAAUGGAAUAAAGUGGUGAUUCGUAUAGUUGGUACACAGUUCGAAGUUUGCGGAGAAUCUGUUUGUGGGAUUUCGGAAAAAAGCAGAAGUGCUGUGAUGAUAGCUGACAGUGGUUUUUGAUGAAGUGAUAAUCGUUGUGUAAGGGGGAUUGAAAGUUUUUGGAUCGCAUGCUGAUUACGUGGAAUGAGAAGGGAUAUCAGUGACAAGUGAUUGCGGUGAACGAUACAGGAUCAAUACAGUGGAUUGAAAACUUAGGGAUCGCACGAAGAGAGUUCCCAGUCUGGCGUCCGCCAAGCUUGUCGUUCCGCUCCUCGUUGCUGCACAUCAAAAUGCUACUGUCCCUGUGGAGGACGGGCAGCACGAAGCAGCUUCUAUGAGGUGUCUUAGGAAGAAGAUGAGCCAGGUCUUCUCGUUGACCCAUCGAUACAAACGGACCCUGCAAGCAAUGGCGGCCGGCACCUUCCUCAUCUACAUGACACUGGUUUUGUACCAGAACGUCUACGGCUACGGCGGCGGCAAUAGUGUACAGGAACUGCAAUACAACUCGCUGGAUUCGGCGGCGGCAACGGCGGCCCUUGCCGCACCAGAAAAUGUGAUAGCCAAACGGGAUAACGGUGCGAAUAGUGGUGUGGAAGAUAGCCCAAAUGGUAGCGCUAGUGUUAUGAAGUUGGGCAGUGGCAAUAGUAGGCUUAGGAACAGCAAACCGACCCGAUCGGACUACUACGAUUCGUACCCGAAUGGGCAGCAGUCGGUCACGGGGACACCGAAGCCUCCGACGACCGAACUGGACGAUCUUCUGAUCAGUGUCAAGACGACCAAAGGCUACCACGAUACGAGGUUGGAGAUGAUCACCAAGACGUGGUACCAGCUGGCGAAGGAACAGACGUGGUUCUUCACCGACACCGACGACCAGCACUACCAGAAGCUGACGAAUGGUCACAUGGUCAACACCAACUGUUCGCAAGGACACUUUAGGAAAGCGCUCUGCUGCAAAAUGGGAAAGGAGUUCGAGUUCUUUCUCGACAGUGCCAAAAAAUGGUGGUGCCAUUUCGACGACGACAACUACGUCAACGUACCGCGGCUGGUGCGACUGCUGGACGAAUACAGCCCCACGCAGGACUGGUACCUGGGGAAGCCGAGCAUCUCCUCGCCGCUGGAGAUCUUUCUAGACAAUACCAAAUCAUCGACCGAGGUGAACAAGAAGGUGACCUUCUGGUUCGCCACCGGUGGAGCCGGGUUCUGCAUUAGCCGGGCGCUGGCGCUCCGAAUGCUGCCGAUUGCGAGCAGCGGCAAAUUUGUGGCCAUAGGCGAUAAGAUUCGCUUCCCGGAUGACGUGACGAUGGGAUUCAUCAUCGAACACAUCCUCAAUGUUCCUUUGACUGUGGUAGACGCGUUCCACUCGCACCUCGAACCAAUGGAAUUCAUCCGACCAGAAACGUUCCACGAUCAGGUCUCCUUCAGCUACGCGCGCAUGAAGAACGAAUGGAACGUGGUCAAGGUGGACGGGUUCGAUCUCAAGACGGACCCCAAGCGGAUCUACUCGCUGCACUGCUAUUUGUAUCCGUUCUUCAGCAUAUGCCCCAAGACGAUCAAGCGGAGAUGAUGACCGCACCCUAGUUCCGAGACUAGGACCUGUAACACAGCUAAGGAGCACCAAACCAAAACCGAAGAUGACGACGACGAAGACGACACCGUGGAUGAAAGCGAGAGAGAGCAGUACUCUGAAAAAAAAAUAUGUGAAUGAUUGACAAUAAUCCGUUGCUUUCACCGGGAACCCGGAAACAGCGGAAGCAAACAAACUACAACACUGUCUGUGAUUGAACCUAUUGAAUUUUGUUUUGUAAUAAAUUGUGUUAGAAGCGCAGUUAGAGCAGUCAACAGUAAUGUUAACGUGAGCUAAUUGUAAAGCAGCAGCUAGAAGAAUCGAAUAAGUUUUAGGAAAACAAGCGAAAAUCGAGAAGAAGUAAUGCGGGCCUACCUUGGAGGAGCCCAUCUAGUCCCUUAUGUGCAGCUGAAUAAGGAUUUGUUCGUAACGAAAAAUUAGUUCUUCCUAUCUUAACAUAGUUCAACAGUUAUGUAACGUACUAAACAAAAGUGUGCUCUUGAAAUAGUGCAACAAAAAAGGCAAUAAUGUAUAGUUCUUCCGUUAGACAAAUCACUUUUAGGGUGUAAAUAUGUGCAAAAUGACGAACAAGUGUAAUUGUAGAAUAUUGAAAAGAUGAAAAUAGUUGUUUUUAUCAAGUUAGUUGUACGUAAAAAUUUGACUAUUGUUUUAAGCAAUGAUAAAGCGAAAUUGUGUUAAUAAAUCUUAAAUGUGAAAAAU